AUGGCGACCUCAGCAACGGCCGGGAACCAGUCCAACUCGUUCAUCAGCGGACAAGAUUACAUAGGCUUCGAUUUUGAUGACGAUGACGGCGAGGAACAAACGCCACACGGUGCUGUGGACGAAAGAGGUGUCGGUCGAAGAAAAGAUGUCAAUGGCCGCCACACAUCGACUGCGGGUCCUUCGAACGGUCCUGGUACGCUUGCAGGGGCUCAGAGGAAUGGAGCAUCGCGGGACCGAGUAAGGGGUGACCGUAGGCGAUCACCACCCGCUCUAGGCCCAGGCCGCAUACAGCCGCAAAGUAGGAGGAGGACCUUCGAAGAAAUGGCCAUGGAUGAUGGCCUUACAAAGCGAGAGAGGAUGAGAAGCAUGGCUAGAGCCACCCCUUGGGCUCUGGACGUCGACUGGGACAGUUGUUGGCAUCCCACCGAAAUGCUACACCGCGAGUUGGAAGCUUUUGAGCGGUGGAUCUCGCCGACCUCCUGGGAACACGACUGCCGCGCGAUGGUGAUCCAAUUGAUUAGGAACGCGAUCUGCUCGCAGUGGCGCGAUGCCGAGGUGCUGUCGUUCGGAAGUCACGACACACGACUGUACAUGCCUGAAGGGGACAUUGAUCUGGUUGUGAUAAGUCGCUCCAUGGAGAAUGAGCACCGUACAAGAACCCUGAACAAGAUUGCAGCGCUCUUACGCCGCGCAAACUUGGUUGUGGACCUGGCAGUCAUUUCGAAAGCUAAAGUGCCCAUCGUCAAAUUCACUUGCGUCCAUGCCAAGUACAAAGUCGACAUCAGCAUCAAUCAAAGCAACGGUUUGGCUGCCGCAAAGUGGGUUUCCGCCUGGCUGAGAAAACAGCCAAGCUUGAGACCACUCAUUCUAGCGGUGAAGCUGCUCUUGAAUCAGAGGGGCAUGAGCGAGGUAUUCAAUGGCGGACUGGGCAGCUACAGCGUCAUUUGCCUUGUGAUCAGUCAUUUGCAGAUGCAUCCCAAGGUGCAACGAGGAGAACUGGACCCUGCGAAGAAUCUGGGUGUCCUAUUGCUCGAAUUCUUGGAGCUGUACGGCAAGACCUUCAACUACCACACGGUCGGCAUCUCUGUGCGCGGUCAGGGUCACUACUUUGAAAAGAAACGGCACGCAUUUGUCAGCACCGGCAAACCUUACAUGCUGGCCAUCGAAGAUCCUUUGGACGCUUCAAACGACAUUUCGCGCGGCACGUUUCAAAUUCAGGCGGUUCGGCUAGCCAUGAAGGGCGCAUUUGAUAUUCUGUCGGGUGCCCUAUGUCAGCGCGCCAACGUCAUGUCGGAUCCAAACGCUCAGGAUGGAGCACAGCAUGCUCCCUUUGACGAGGAUGACGAAGCUAGAGCUGCUCUCAUGCAAAAUGCAGCGGUCGGGGCGCCGGUCAGCCAUUCCCACAGUCUUCUGGGAAACAUUUUUGGCAUUUCGCAUGAAACUACUAGGGCAAGAGAAAAGGUGAGUGGUGACGAAGAGGCACACCGCAACCGGAAAUGCGAUUAG